CCGAGACCCUUUUCGGCCCUGGGCAACCAUAGGUUUAGAACAUGAAUCAGUUAGCAUUGGGUUUAGCACCGCUGAGGGUAAGUUUGUCUAUGAGGGGCCACAGUUUGUCCGGCUACUAGGUACGGAGUGACGUACCAGCCUAUUUCCUAUGGCGCCCAACUUUUCCUCAGCCGAUGAAAUAAUUGCCGACAACAGGGGACCGGCAGACAGACAGGUCGAAAAGCGCACGCACAAGAAGCAGAAGGGCCCGCAUCUCCCAAUGAUAGAGGGCAAGGAGGACCAGAUUAGAUCCCCUUUCCUCCCGAGGACCCGGCGCGUACGCGACCCGGGAACAGUCCAUCAGACCACAGCUUCGGCCCCCCUCCCCAGGUCCUCAACACCCUUGCCCCUUGGCUCUCCCUUCUCUCAGCCAUCGAGCCAGCUCGCCAAUCAGCCUACCACAGAUCGUCCCGUCCCCACCGCAGCCGCCGUCCCUGUCCCGGCUUCUCCGCAGCCUGGUCAGUGGCUGACGGACGCUGUCAUCGUCCACACUCUGCAGUUUGUCGCUGCUCUGCGCCCAGUCCACUUCACCGUCGCCGAGCCCCUGCUUGUCACCACGGACAAGGUGGUCCCACCCGAGUACUGGCAGAAGCUACACCAGGUCCUCGGACAGAACACCUCCAUUCUCGUCCCUCUCAAUAUCCCGCGAGCUCAUUGGUGCCUAGCCCAUUUCAGGGUCGGCUCGCGUGGUCUCGUCGGCGAGAUUUUUGACUCUUGGCCAAACUCACAGUACGCGUCAGAGGCAGCUGCCCUUGCUCACAGGUUUGCCGAUGGUUUGGGUACUUCUGCGGCUCGCGGAAGUGUUUGGCGCACCAAGUCCAGCGCUCCGACAGAGGAUAGCAGCGGCCCAGCAGUCGGCCACCGAGGAUCCAGUAGCAGCACAACUCCCCAGGCUGUGGAAUCCACAUACACACGGCCUUGGACUCCCAAGCAGUCCGAUUCAUACGAAUGCGGUGUCGCCAUUAUCGCCAUCUCCUUCUACCUUGCUGCCAAGAUUGAGCUUCCUGCCCAGAUCAACCUUGCUAUGUGGCGCGAUGUUAUCGGCCUCGUCGUCCAGCGACUCCUCGAUAAGACUCUGGUCAAGGAUGUCAUCAACUCGAAUCCUAAAGACUUCCCCUUUCUACAUGUUGUUAAGGACCUCGGCGCCCAUGAUGACGCCACCGCCUUCAGCGUGAAGAAGCCCGCCUUCCUUGCAGACAAUUCGUCCAGCUCGCGAAUCUCCUUCCUGGACUAAACCGACCUAUACCAUGAGAUGGGACGCGAUAUCCAGUCGCAAUGCAAAGCCAUGUCCCGCCGAUCUGGCCAACUACAAGAGGC